AACGAAAUAAUAACUUUGUUUGUCAGUUAUACAGAUAAGUGCAUUCAAUCGAGUACUCCCCUUAAUAUGACCACAGCACCAGUCAUUUCACCAUACAUCGGGUGUUGGGUCGAAUCGAAGUAUGUAGUUCCUGGUGCAUACAGAGUGGGUACGGACCACGGCAAAGAUGUCUACAUCAUUAGAGCCCAUUUUAGAGGUGCGUUAUUGCCAGGCAAGUACGUCCACAACAUCGGAGCUUUCGUGGCUUGGGGUGGACAAGAACACAGAGUGUCAAACUUCGAAAUGUUGUGUCAUUCGCAACUGAAAUGGGCCAAUUGUUAUGGAGGUAUGGUUCCUCAAAAUGCUUUUGUUGGCGGAAACAGUGAAAAUGGGGAACAGUUGUACAUCGGUAAAUGUUACCACGAUGGGAAUGUUGUCGUAGGAAAAGUGCAAAGAAGUCACGGAGUUUUGUACUACCCAUGGGAUGGUCGUGAACAAAAUACUAAAACUUUUGAAAUUUUGGUAUCACCAGUGGUGUCACCGUACAUCGGUUGUUGGAUGGAAUCGAAUGAAGUACUUCCUAGUGCGUACAAAGUGGGCACCGACAACGGCAAAGAUGUUUACAUCAUCAGGGCCUACUUUAAGGGUGCGUUGUUGCCAGGAAAGUACGUCGAGAACCACGGAGCUUACGUAGCUUGGGGCGGACAAGAACACAAAGUGACACAUAUAGAAUGGUUGUGCCACUCAAAGCUGCAAUGGGCGGAUUGUACCAACGGUGUAAUUCCUGAAAACGCCUUCAUUGGCGGACACACCGAAAGCGGGGAAAAAUUGUAUAUUGGCAAAUGUUAUCACAAUGGGAAUGUCGUGGUAGGAAAAGUGCAAAAAAGUCACGAAACUUUUUACUAUCCGUGGUGGGGUCGCGAACAUAAGACCAAGACCUUCCAAGUUUUGGUUGUUUAAGAGGUUUAUAUCAUAUUUUUAAUAAAUAUAUAAAAUAAUAU